AAUACUACGCUACACGUGUAUCGCGGUCUGCAGGCGGCAUACAGCUCCACACGUUGACACGUUAACACUGCGCCGCACCCGUGACGUGCGCGAAGUGCACUUUUGCUGCAUUUGGCGGGAACUGAGCCGUGUCGCCUUGCCUCGCAAGUCUACCGCCCAGUGCUCAAGUAGCUUCUUCUGCAUACUGUCAAUUACUUGACACCAUGCAUAGGCGACAGAUCUGAGGCAUAGGCGACAAUGUUUCUCCGCUUCAUCGCGAGCGGUUCCAACCCGCCACCAGCUCCGGAUAGCGCAGCUGUGGAGUUUACAGACUCAAAGCUGUACCUUGCGGCGAAUGGGAGCAGCCUGCGCGCGGUGCUUUGCGAGAAGACGAACGCUCGCGUGCAAGCUACGUUGCUGGCGCGCAAUACGAGCGCCUGGGUGCAGCAAACAAAUGGCCAGAUUCAGAAAAUGCAACGCGGCGUGAUGCUGGCUCUGGCACCCGGCGACGAGGUGCUGUUCGGGCCGGCAUCCGCGACGGAGCCCGACGCGGAGCCCGAGGUGGCGUUCCUGCUCCAGAGCGUGGACGUGGACGUCGGCGCGGCGCUGCUGCGGGCCAGCUUUGCAUCGGCUGUGGAUGGCUACCAGGCUUCAGCUGGCGCGGGCGACGCCGGCGUCGAGGGCGCAGCGUCCCCUGCUGCCCCCGCGCCCGCGCUCACAGAGGCCGGGGCUAGUGGCAGCCUCCAGUCGGGCCAGCGGCAGUCGGCGCCUGGCGCCACCGCCCCGCCAUGCACACCUGCUGCCGGCCGCCUGCGGAACCUUCAGCACGUCGCGUCCCUCACCUAUCCCCUGUCAUCCGCUGCCUCGCCGCCGGCCAAGCCCGCCAGCCCCACGGCGGCUGCAACCACCAGCCUCGCAGCUCAUGGCACCAACGGCGCCUGCCCUGCUGAUGAGGAAGCCGUGGCCGCUGGCGACCAGCCAAUCGCCGAGGGGCCCGCCGGGCCUGCCACGGAAGGUGUCAUGGACGUGGUCAUGGCGGAGGUGCGCGGCGGCGGCGCUGAGGCCGCUGUGGCUGCUGCUGUGGCGGCCGCUGGCGCUGAUGUGUCGGCUGCCGGCGUGGGUGAGUCCAGGGGCACGGCAGGCCCCGGUACGGAGGAGCAGGUGGUGACUGCAGGCGAGGGCGCGCAUGACGGCGAAGAGCCUGCUGAUGCGGCUGGUGUUGCAGCGCCGGCAAGCGCCGCAGGCACGGGUGGUGCGGAGGGACCCACGGUGGCGCCUCAUCAGCCGCAGCAGCCGCAGCGGCACCACGCCCGCGUCAAGGACGAGCCGCUGGACGAGGCGCCCCUGGGUGAGCCGCAGCCGCAGCAGGAUGAGGCGCAGCAGGAGGCGGCGCAGCAGGAGGCGCAGCAGGAGGCGCAGGCGGGGCCGGCCACGGAGCCGCCCGGCACUCGCCCCGCCAAGACGCCCGCGGGCGGUGGUGUGGACGCCGUGUUGAACGAAUGCAAGGACAUCGUCAGCUCCGUCAGCGAGGUGCUGUUCCCAGCCCACACAACAGACCCCGCACUCGCGGGCCCAAGGAUUGCUGCCGAAUGGCGCGGCGAGCUGCAGGCGCUGCUGCAGCGCGCCACCAUGCCGCGGACCACCAUCGGCGUCGUGGGCGACACGGGAGCUGGCAAGUCCAGCCUGCUGAACGCGCUGCUGGGCGAGGAGGACAUACUGCCCACCAACGCCAUGCGCGCCUCCACUGGCUGCCCCAUUGAGGUGUCGUACUCGGCAACGGGCGCUUACCACGCCGAGGUGGAGUUCCAGACCAAGGAGGAGUGGGCGAAGCACCUGGAGAAGCUGCUGAGCGACCUGCUGGAUGAGAACGGCGUGAUACAGGUGGUGCGCGGAGAGGGCGCCGUCAGUGGGAGGUCCGAGGCGGGCGUGGCGCAGUCGAUGCUGGAGGCGGUGUAUGGGCAGGAGCUGAUUCGCGCGCCCGGCCUGACCGCCGACAAGCUGUGCGCCCACAGUAACCGCGUCACUCAGCUGCUGGGCAAGGUGGAGCCCAUCCGCAGCGCUGACGCGCUGGAGUUCAGGCGCAAGGUCGGCGUGUACGUGGACUCGCACAAUGAGGCCACGAGCCUGCAGGCCUGGCCCAUCGUCAAGGUCUGCCGCAUCGCGCACCGCUGGAAGCUGCUGGAGGGCGGUGUGGUGCUGGUGGACCUGCCCGGCACCCGCGACGCCAACGAGGCGCGCGGCCGCGUGGCGGAGGAGUACAUGCGGCGGCUGUCGGCGGUGUGGAUUGUGGCGGACAUCACGCGCGCCGUGGACAACAAGACGGCAAAGGACCUACUGGGCACGGACUUCAAGCGGCGCAUGGUCAUGGACGGCCAGGUGCACGCCAUCACCUUCAUCUGCACCAAGACCGACAACCUGGACGUGAGCAGCAUCCUAGAGAGCCUGAGCGUGGAGGAGGUGUGUGCUCGCAGCGGCACCAAGCCCGCUGCCUUCUACGAACUCGACAAGCGCAUUACGAGGCUGCAGCUGGAGGCACGGGACGCGGACAAUGCGGCUAAGGCGGCCCAGACGCGGGUGAGCGUGCGCGCUGGCGUCUGCACUAAGGUGGAGCGAGCCGCCAAGCGCCUGCAGGCCAAGGUACUGGAGCUCUGUCAGCGAGGUGGCUUGCCGGUACCCGAGGAGCUGGCCCAACUCAUGCUCCAGGCGGAGUCACCCAUGACCAGGAAGCGGCGUGAGGAGCAGCAGGCGGCGGGGGCGGCUGACAUCGAGCUGGACCUGGGCCUGCCAGAAGAGGAGGACGAGGCGGCGGCGGAGGAGGAGGACGUGGGGACGGAGCGUGGCAGCGAUGUGGAAAUGGGAGACGCGGAUGCUGAGGAGGUUGACGCGCUUGUGGACAGUGGCGGCGGCUGCGACAGCGAUGGCAGCUACUGCCCGUCGUCGGAUGGCGAGGAGGACGAAUGGGUGCCCACGGGCGGAAAGCGCAAGCGCAUGGAGGCCAGCGCGGCAGGGCAGAAGAAAAAGGGAAAGCCGGGAGUUCCACAGCGAGAGCCAAAGGUUGUCGCGAGCGCCGUGGCUGCGAGUCUGGUCAGUCUCCGCGCAGAGGCGGCGAAGAUGCCGGCGUUCACGGCGAAAUACGAGGAGGCGGUGAGGGAGUUGGAGCCGCUGCAAAGUGUGCUGGCGCGCGCAAAGCAGCUGCUGAGCGAGCAGCAGCUGCGGAUGCGCACCGUCUGUGCCCUGGCGCGCAACCACUUCAGCAGGGAGCGCCUGCAAGCGGACUUCCGGGAGGGCAUCGCCGAGAUGCUGCAGCAGGCGGGCAGCGAGGACGAGGAGCAAGCAAUCGGGCCGAUCGACAUCACCACCUACAAGCUGCCGGUGUUCUGCGUGUCGUCUCGCGAGGCGCGCAAGCUGGAGGCCGCCGGCAGCAACAAAUACGGCGAGGCUACCGUGUUCUACAGGCUGGCCGACACGCAGCUGCCCGGCCUGCGGACCCGCAUCACAAGCAUCGCCAGCUCGUCCCGGCAGCAUAUGCAGCGGCAGCUCACCAAAGACGUGUACGCGGCAAUUGACUCGGUGGGGCGCACGCUGCUCAGUCAGCGCUCGGACGGCGGGCCCGACGUAUCCAAGGCCAUGGAGCGUGCAACUGGGGCGUCCAUGCGCGCGCUGCCGGUGCGGCUGGACGCGUGCGUCAACAGCCUGGUGCAGCGGGCGCGGCGGGUGUUCCUCGCCGAGGGGCUGCAGCCGCUGCUGGGCGCCAGCGCCGACGACGCCGUUGCGCGCGCGCCAGACACCGCGCGUGACUUCGACGUCAAGCCCAGCGACCCCAGCUCCCGCAUGUUCUUCAUGACCUACCGGGGUGUGGUUCACCGCGACGGCUCUUACACCAGCCCCACGGUGGGCCCCAUCAACUGGAACGGCGCGCUCGUGCGCCCCAUCAUGGACCGCAUCGCUGUCACCUGGGCGCGGCUCUUCCAAUCGGAGCUCACCAAGUCCAUGCGGGAGCGUCUGCUUGCGGAGCUGGACGACUUCGUGAGGGGCGCGCGACACGAGCUGGAGGCGCAGGUGGCGCCGCUGCCGGGCGGCGACGAGCUGCUGCCGGCCGAGGCGGGCCGGCUGGACGAACUGUACCGCCAGGUCCGGCGCGACCAGGAGCGGCAGCUGGCGCAGGCGCUGGAGGCGCUGCACUCGGGCCUGGUGGAGACCAGCAAGGCGCUGAGCCAGGACGUGGUGGAGCCGCACGUACGGACCUCGCUCCAGGGCGCCUACCAGGCCGCCGCCAGCGAGCGCGGGCCAGGCUCCUACAAGCGGAUGCGGGACCACAUGACGUCGGCGGUCGAGCGGCUUGCACGGAUCAUGCUGCCGGCGGCCGCAAACAUGCUCCUGGCCGAGGUCGAGAAGCUGGUUGACCAGUUUGGCGAUGCUGCUUCUGCCGCCGCGUCCGCACUGCUGAGCGCUGUGCAGGCCCGCUCUGAGCUGCUGUGGGACGAAGCGCCUGCGGGAUACGAGGUGCGCUACAAGGCGGCGGCGCAGCUGGUGCAGCUGCUGGAGCGGGCGCGCAAUGUGUGCGCCCGAGCAGGCGUCAUUUCCCUGCCGCCGGCCUUCGUGCUGCCGCCGCCUCCCGCACCGGCCCCACCUGCAGCGGCAGCGGUGGUGCCGCAGGCCGAGGCCGAGGAGGUGGCCGGGGCAAGCAACGCGGGAUGCGAGGACAGCGGGGCGGUGGGCGAGGUGGAGACGGAGGAGGAGCAGGAUGAGGAGGAGCAGGACGAGGAGGAGGAGGUGGAGGCGGAUGAAGAUGAGCAGCAGGAGGAAGAAGAUGACGCAGACGAGCUGAUGACGCUGGCCGAUCUUGUGAAGCUGCAACGCGCGCAGCACGAGGACAAACAGGUAGCGCGGCAGCAGGAGCAGCCGCAGGCGGAGUGGCAAGCGCAGCAGGCCCAGCAGCAGCAGCAGCAGCAGCAUGCAGCGCAGCCGCACCAGCUGCAGCGCCAGGCGGAAAGGCAGCAACAGCAGCAGCAGCAGAAGACGGAGCCGCAGCAUCAGGCGGCGGAGCGGAAGCAGCACGAGCCAGCGGCAGGCCAAAGGCAGCAGUCGACAGGCGGCGGUGAGGCAGCCGCUGGCGCACCCACAAGCGACGGCGGCGGCGGCGGGGCCUACGCAAACACACAGCGCCAUUCUGCAGCUGCAGAAUCGGCGGCGCUGCAGCUGGUCGUUGUGCCGGACGUGCCGCGAGGACAACAUGUCCAGCCAGCCGGAGCUGCACCGGCCCCACUGGAGGCUUUGGCGGUGGCUGUGGUCGGGGAGGCGGUGAAGGCGGAGGUAGCGGCGGCGCUGGCGCGCGUCCCACCCGCUGACCCGGUGGACGCGGUGACACGGUGGGGCCUCCGCCGACUGUGGGAGCUUAGGGAGGCGCAGGAAGCUGCCAGCCAUGCUGGCGACGAGCCCACCCAUGUCCUGUGCCGCAACAACGCAGCCCUGCUGGUCGGGGCGAUCGCCGGGGUCGUUCGGAAGCUGAUGGAGCCGCGAGGGAUGCUGGAGCUCUACUCGCUGGACCCGGUAGCCUGCACCGCAGCGGCGGCGCGCACGGCCACGGGGGCGUCAGAUCUCAUUGCUGCAAUGGCGGCCGGCCCGCGCAUGUAGCGUAACGGUAAACGCUAGAACGGUUGAGCGGUGUGGCUAGGCAUGGGUUAGGUAGGUGCCGGCGACGUGAUUUGGGUCACGUGUGGCUGCGCACGCAGUGAUCAAGUGCAGGAUGCUGGAGCAGGCACGGUGUUCACCUGGCGACCAUUCAUUUCAUGCGUGCAGGAUGCAUCAUAUUGUGUUGAGCACUUGAAGCAGGUCGCGCAGUUAUAGCAAUACUGUACAGUACAGGUUUCGCAGGUUGGCAGAAACAAUUGGUGGAUGAUUACCGCUAUAUCAUAGACGUGAUGCCGGCUCGGAGGAUGAUGCGGAACGUGGAGUUGCGCAUGCAGCAGGGGUGGGAAUGUGUAUGGCAUGAGGAUCAGGCGUGUGCAGUGAGUGAAGCCACUGUAAAUCCGCGGUGAA